GAUUGCUUCCGCUGUGACUUGUUGCUUGUUGCCUGAAAAGCAAACAGCACAGAGCUGCAGAGUCUUUCUGCAUUAAAGAGGACUUUUCUCAUAGAUGGAUGGAGCUCGAAAUGAUCCCAUGACAUCCUCACAGGUACAGCUUUACGUCUGAAGGCCAACAAAGGACAGUUGUUGAAACACAUGGCUUGGUUCAUGCUGCCUGUUGACCUGCUCUUCAGAUAUCUUGGCCUACAUAUCAAUGUGUGGUUGACUGUUCUAUUUGGCUUUUUAUUUUUGCCUCAUAUACUUGGAGUCUCUUUUGGUAUCCAUCAAUAUUACACGAGGACACUUCUGAGCAUAUUUAAGUGGGCAACCUUACAAAUGGAGCUGAGUGCUAAAGAGAAGAAUCAGCAACUCUACAAACACUAUACCAGGGGCAUUAUAGCCAAAACACCAGGUUCAACUCUGCAACAGGAAUUUGAGGACCUUCAGCAAAGUACUCUUCUGAGUUUGGAGCCAAGGUUUGACCUCUCUGAUGUCUUCUUCUUCUGUCGAAAAGCCUUGGAGAGCAUUGUGGACGAUGACGUGACCAAGUGCUUCUCAGCCCAGGAGCUGGAAAGCUGGAACUUGCUAAAAAGGAGCAACCGCAACUUCCGUUACCUAAGUCUAAAACUCUUAGCCUUGUGGGUUCUUGGAGUUUUAAUCCGCUAUUGUGUUCUACUGCCUUUCAGGGUAACUCUAGCAGUGACAGGGAUUUCUCUGUUCAUUGUUUUAAGCACCAUGGUAGGAUUCCUACCCAAAACAAAGUUAAGAAGCUACCUCAGUGAUAAGGUGCAUUGGAUGGGUUAUCGUCUAUGUGUUGGAUCUCUGACUGGAAUCAUCACCUAUCACAACAGAGAAAACAAACCAAAGAAUGAUGGCAUCUGUGUGGCAAAUCACACAACACCAAUAGAUGGGAUUAUCCUGGCCAAUGACCUUUGCUACUCUUUGGUUGGUCAGUUACAUGGAGGCUUACUGGGAAUGAUCCAAAGAGCCAUGGUGACGUCCUCUCCUCAUAUAUGGUUUGAACGAGCUGAAGUCAAAGACAGACACCUAGUGGCCCAAAGACUCAGGGAUCACAUUGCAGAUGAAAACAAACAUCCCAUCCUUAUCUUCCCUGAAGGCAGUUGUGUCAACAACACAUCAGUGAUGAUGUUCAGGAAGGGCAGCUUUGAAAUCGGCUGCACCAUCUAUCCUGCUGCCAUUAAGUAUGAUCCUCACUUUGGAGAUGCUUUUUGGGACAGCAGCAAAUUUGGUUUAGUGGGAUACCUAGUCAGAAUGAUGAGCAGCUGGGCCAUCGUUUGUAGCGUUUGGUAUCUACCACCAAUGAGGAGAAAGGACGGAGAGGAUGCAGUGCAAUUUGCCAAUCGAGUAAAGGCUGCCAUUGCUGCCCAGGCAGGGUUAGUGGACCUCAUAUGGGAUGCAGGACUGAAACGAACCAAAGUGAAAGAUGCUUUUAAAGAAGAAGAACAGCAACUUUACAGCAAAAUACUUAUGGGGGGACAUGAGGAUCAGAACCGGUGCAAACAUACAGAAGGUGGAUGUCCAGAGGGCGACAAAGACAAAUGAUUUUCAGUUGUAAUAAAGACCUGUAUGUCCAUCAUCACUACAGGCUCUUAUGUCCUGUUCAACAAUGCAACAUAUGGUGUGAAAUGCAUUAGUAAAGAAUCGAGUUUGCAUUUUAUAAUAAGAUGUUUUUUAUUUGAAAAUGUUUUUGUAAGCUUGUGCAAGUCAGAAAAUGUUAACUAAAUACAGUCUUGAAGAUCUGUUUUUUAUCGCUUAGGUGAUUAAUCAUAAUACUAUUAAUUACUAUUUCAUUAAAGAAAUUACUCUCUGAAAA